AUGACCUGGGAGGAUGUCGUUUCCAAAUUCCACCGAUCGCACAGCCCAACGAUCCAGGACAUUGCACCUUCGCUCGCCGCGGCUGGUCGGCCAUUGAGCCCCGCUGCCAUUACCAAUGUCCAGGCCUUGUUCACACACGACACGCAGGAGAUGGACAUUGACUCCGGCACUCCUGGUUCCAAUCAGCCCGGUCGACCUCCACUAAGCGACGCUCGAAUCCGAACCCCUCUACCUUCGGGCCCUCGUCUCGAAAAGUCAUUGUCGUUGCCCGGCAUUGAGAGUUUCAAGAAUGAUCUCCAAACCAACGUAGGACGUAUGCUUUCCACACCCAGCCGAGACCGAUACAUUUCUGUGCAGGUUAUAUUUCUGUUCUGGCAAGACGAUGAAGAUGUUCCCACGAUCCAGUCCGCUGUUCGGGAACUUGCGGAGGUAUUCGAUAAAUAUUAUCGCUAUAACUUCCAGGUUCAAGCUAUCCCAUCAUCUUCUGAAGGAUGCAAAAGCUCAUGGCGGUGGCUCUCACGACAAUUAAACGAGUUUGUUGAGGAUCGUGACGAGCGUGACGUAUUGAAAAUAGUUUAUUAUGCGGGACACACUUACCUCGAUAGCAACCGGGAGAUGGUUUUGGCUAGCUCCCGAGAUUCAGAGCAGGCUUCGCCAAUCCGAUGGGGUGGUAUCCAACAAACACUGGAAGAAGCAUGUGCAGAUACACUGAUUAUCAUGGAUGCGGCGUAUUACCCAUCAACUAGGAUGAUUCGCCAACAAGGUGUCUUGGAGCUUCUUGCGGCAUCAGUAUCGGAAGAGCAUUUCUACGAUAUCGAUCGGUGCGCAUUUACACGCGCAUUAGCUGAACAAUUACGAAUCAGAGCGGCACGCUUGAGUCCUCUGUCGGCUGCGGAGUUGCAUGCGAAUCUUUUCUCCCACUACUCCAAGAUGGUACAGGAUAAACACCCGGAGAAGGAAGUUCUAACCAGUUUCCCGUCGCCGCUGCACAUGAUGAUGUCUGGCAACUCGAGGCUCCCUUCCAUCUUUCUCUCGCCCGUAUACGAAAAUAGUCCCAUGCGGACUAGUUUCUCGUCAUACGAGAACAGCCCGCAGCUGCAUCUAUCAAUUCGACUCGAUGAUGACAAUGUGGACAUCGAAAGUUGGAAUGAGUGGUUGCGUCUGAUGCCUGAGGGUAUUAAGGAUAUCAAGGUCGAGGGUCCGUUCCGAGCUACCUUUAGAUAA